CUGGCGUCUGAUGGCGAUUUCUGGAUUGGGCUCCGGAGGCGUGAGGAGAAGCAAAGCAACAGCACAGCCUGCCAGGACCUUUACACUUGGAUGGAUGGCAGCGUAUCAACAUUCAGGAACUGGUAUGUGGAUGAGCCUUCCUGUGGCAGCGAGGUCUGCGUAGUCAUGUACCAUCAGCCAUCUGCACCCACCGGCAUCGGGGGCCCCUAUAUGUUCCAGUGGAAUGACGACCGAUGCAACAUGAAGAACAAUUUCAUUUGCAAAUAUUCCGAUGGUGAAAGGACAAAGCCAGCCACACCCAUACUUCCAGAAAACACAGAGAAAGAAGAUGUCAAAGAAACAUUUAAAGAAAACAAAGACGCUGCCUGGAACCUUGUGUACCUCCUAGUGCCCGGCAUCCCCCUCUUCCUCCUGCUGCUGGUCACCACCGCUGUCUGCUGGGUGUGGAUCUGGAGGAGGAGGACACGGGAGCAGCCAGACCCCAGCGGGAAGGAGCCGCGCACCAUCUGGCCCUCGCCCGGCCCCGGGCACAGCCCGGACCUGGAGGUUUACAGCGUCAUUCGGAAACAGAGCGAAGCUGAUUUGGCCGAGCCCCGGCCGGACCUGAAGAACAUUUCCUUCCGAGGGUGCUCGGGAGAAGCCACGCCCGAGGACCUGUCCUGUGGCUCCGACCACGGGGCCGUGAACCCGUCUGAGAGCGGGUUCGUCACCCUGGCCAGCAUCGAGAGCGGCUUUGUGACCAAUGACAUCUACGAGUUCUCUCCAGACGCCCGACUGGGGAGGGGCAAGGAGUGUGGGUGGGUGGAAAAUGAAAUCUAUGGUUAUUAGGACCCGGGAACACCACGUGAAGGGACAAGAAUUGGGAAGAAAGGAGAAGCAACAGCCUCCUGUUCUCUGUAAGGAAAACACUCAGAGGGCCUGGGGUGAGCAUGCGGCCCCAUCACCGCUAGUGCAUCCUUUUCCCGGCCUUGCACCAGCCCUGUCCGGGGAGGAGGCAGCUUGCCCAGGCCGGGCCCAGAGGAGGAAAUCCACGGCGGUUGAUUGCUUGUAGCAGACCAGCCAGGGACAGCGCUCUCCUGGGCAGGGCCCCCGGGGGGCUGCGGGACUGGGGACACCCAUCUCCGGGACAGCCAUCCCCAGGUCUUUUUCCUUCCUCUGGACAGCAGCCCCGGUGAUCACCACGGGACGGAAAUGACAGAUGAUUUCAAAGCCUCGUGUGCUGGCCUGGGCUGGCCUGCACACCAGCCAUUCUUGUAUCUGUGUUUUUCAGACUGAAAUCAAAUAAAAAGCAGGAAGCCGAAUGUUA